UAUAACCGUUGAAUGCUCUUAACCAUGUAGAUGCAAUGUAUACGAUCUUAACUGUUUGCAAGUGUCAUGGGUUCAAUCUAGGAUCGAUUCAGUUAUAUUGAAGGAGUGUAAUACUUCAAUGUCUGUUAUUUCAAUAUAUACCUCCUAUUUAUUGUUCGGAUAAAUACAUACCCAAACUGUGUCUUUAAUAAAUUCAAAUUAAAUCCCGUCGGAUUGGAGUAAACGUAAAAGACCAGGUGACCAGACGUUUCCUCGCUGCAAACGACACGGGGUACGCGUGGCACCAUGGAGACGCUUCAGAAAAUAACGGACGAAUUCCUCGUCUGCCCAAUCUGCAGUCGUAACUUCCGUGAUCCCAAACUGCUACACUGCCUACACUCGUUCUGUCACCAUUGUCUCAUUGAGUACGUCAGUAACCAUAUAAACAGUAACGACAAAACUGAACAAAAUGGAGAUAACACCGAUGAACCACACGAGGUAGUGUUUGUUUGCCCCGUGUGCUCAAUCGAGUCUGUCUUUGAACUGACCGAAGACAAGCAGAAAAUUAAACGAGGCUUUUCCGAUAAUCACCUUAUGGCGAAUCUAGUUGAGAAAAUGGAAAUGUUCAAAACGGACACAUUGUGCGAAUCGUGUAAAGCACGCGCGACUCAAGGUCAAAACCAAAGUGUGAGGACGAAAGCGGAAGUGUGGUGUCAAAACUGCAAAAUGUCAUUCUGUGAUGGUUGUAUAAAAGCUCACAAUCUUAUUAAAGCGUGCAGCGAUCAUGUUGUGAUAACAUUGAAGGAUUUACAGGAUGAUCCACUGAAAUCGCUCGAGAAUACUAAACGCGAAAUCCCGUGCCCCGAACACAAGGACAAGAUAUUGGAGUUUUACUGCUUGGACUGUCGUGAAACAAUUUGCUCUAUGUGCGUCGCUAUGAAUCACCGAAAGUGUGAAACUGUGGAGCCGUGCGCAGAAUCGGCACGCAGGUUUAAACCGGAAACGGACAAUGUAUUAAAAGACCUCGAGCUUCAAGGUUCGUCUUUGACGGAUUGGCAGAACGACCACGUGCGUGAAAUUGAAGAACUGGAAGAGAACAAGAAGGCCCUCAUCAAGGAGAUAAGAACAGUGCGAAAGACUGUUGAUACCCAUUUAGCCAAACUCGAAAAGCUAGCGAUUGAUGAACUGGAUGCAAAACAUAGUAAUGCAUUAGAAGAGGUGAAAGAACGCUUGAAUGAAAUAGAAGGUCUGAAGAAAAGUAUCGAGAAUACAAACAUGUUCCUGAGGCAUUUGACGCAGUACGGAAGUGAUUCGGAGUUCUUAUCAGUCUUUGAUAAAGUAAAGAAUCAAAUGAUUGAGAUGAACACGAGUAUAAAUCGUCGUAAGGUCGCAAAAUUGCUCUUUCGCCAUAAGUUCGCUAUCGAUCAUACUCUCGGAAGAGUGUUUGAGUUAAAGAAACUUGGUAAAAUCGUUGACGUGAUUGACAUGCACAAAGAUGCUUUUCUCACAAAUGGAGAAAAUGGCGAUGGACCGCCAAUCACUAGUCGCCGAAGUUCGAUUAAACGCACUGGGACGUUUAGAGUCGACAGUGAAAGCGAAAGUCAGUCACCAAUACAGCAGGAUCAGCAGGAACAGCAGAAUCAACAGCUCAUUUCCCCACCCCAAAGACCUUCUCGCCAGACACUUCAAACAAUUCCCUCCUCACCAAAGACGGCUUCUCGUGGCAGCCUCUCGACAAACUCUCCAAGUACUUCGAGCGAUUCAAUGAGUUCCCAGGAGGUACUGGAGACUCCGCGUGUAAACGCGGUCUCACUUCGCCGACAACAACAGGAAGCAUGUACACGCCUCAUGGCGGGAUCUACUGGGUCGCUGCCGAGAACAAAGCGCGUAAACAGCUCUAUAGAAUUUAGAAAGACACAAGCUAUGCAGUCGACAACUCCACAGCCGACUUCGAAAACGCCUCCUACUCAGAGACGCUCUCAAAGCACAGCGAACGGGCGUCCACCUAUGGGCGACAAACCCGUGCGUCCAGAGCGCAGAUCUAAGACGCCCGAUCACAAUGCUCUUAAUCCGGGCAUGCGUAAACGAGACUCUAGCGUUGGAAAACCAUCGAGCGUGUUAUCACCGCCACUUGCACGACGAGCUGAACUGCCGUCUCCCAAAUCACCACAGCAACCUCGCCCGACGCCUUUGAUGGAGAAAACGAACGCGCAACUCUUGUGCUCAUUCAAUGGCCGAACGGAAAACGACGGCAAGAAAUGCUGGCCGCUUGACGUCACGGUUUUGUGCGACGGCACCCCUGUGAUAACUGAUUUUCAUAACAAGAAGAUCAAGGCGUUCGAUGCGUCAGGCCUUGUAAUGUGUGAGGUUCUGCUCCCAUCAUGGCCUCAUGGAAUAACAAGCGUCGAUAAAUCAGACGUCGUUGUUACGUUACCCGAGAUUUCAACGCUGGUGUUUGUAAUGGUGUCUGAAAACGUCAUGAAACUUCAAAAGCGAAUCAAAACAGUGAAACAGUAUCGUGGUAUAUGCUGCCUUCAGGAAACGGAUGACCGAAAAUCACUAAUUAUUGUGUCUUGUUGUGCAACUAAUAACCAAUCCGUGGACGUCCUUUCUUUGGAGGGAGAAAUUUUGAUAAGUCAUCGCCAUGACAGUCGCCAACCAGGCAAAAACCUGUUCACGUGGCCGUAUUACGUUGGUGUCAACUCUGAAGGUGAAAUUGUUGUUUCUGAUUGUGAAACGAAAACCGGACUACUUGUUCUCGAUAAAGAUGGAAACGUCAAGUACGAUUACCUUUCCAUAGGCGUUGUGAUACAAGAUCCACGCGGAAUUUGCACAGAUCUGGACGGCAAUAUAUACCUGGCGGACAAAUCUGCCCACGCCAUCCACAGUUUGACAGCAGACGGUCAUUACCGGAAGUGCGUAGUUAGCGCCCUUGACGACCUGGUUCAACCAAUUGCCGUCUGCGUUAGCCCGUUUGGACACAUCAUGGUCACUCAGGAUAAUGGGGAUAUUAAAGUGUACGCAAUUGACUAGUGUCUUCAGCGUAUAAACACUUGAAAACUUAAAAUGUAUUUAUUAGUUAUUUAUAACCCGUAAUAGUAUGCUAAAGCAAGAGAUUUAAUAACAAUUUUAAAAUAGUUUAUUACACAAAAUUUAUUAUGCCUGAGUUUGAAAAUACAUGUAUGUUCAAAUAUAAAAUUUUAAUGUAAUUAGUGUUAUACCAAAUAUAUAUAAUAUUUUAAAUGAUGUAAUACAUAUACUUUUUCAUAUUGUU